UUUGAUAUUAAGUGCAAGUAUACAAGAUAUAAGGUAAUGGGGACUGUGAUAUGCUUAAGUGGAGCCAUGGCGAUGAGCUUCCUGCAGGGAAAUUCUGUAAAACCCGCACCAUCAGCAAAUUUACGAUCUAUAUUUUUAAGAGAGGAUUCGGCCAUUAAUCCCAGCUCUAAUGAGUGGAUUAUAGGCUGCCUCUAUCUGCUUGCAGCUGUUGUGAUUCUCUCUUGCGUCUUGGUUUUGCAGGCUACAACAAUGGUGGAUUUUCCUGCUCCAAUGUCUCUGGGUGUUAUAACCUCCACAAUAGGCUCUGUUUUUGCUGUAAUAUUUCAGUAUAUGUUGCAAGGAAAUAUAAACAGUGGAGCGGCUAGCCUCGGCCUCACAGGCGUUAUUAGUGCUGUAUUAGUGGGGGGGUCGGUGUCAUUCAUAAGCUCAACAGUGGUGACAAUGAGUGUUCACAAGAAAGGACCGGUUUUUGUUUCAGUCUUUCACCCAACGCAAACUGUCUGUGCGGCUAUGCUUUCAGCACUGAUAUUAAAGCAGUUUAUCAGUCUUGGGAGCAUGAUAGGAAUGGGCCUAAUGUUUGCUGGCUUGUAUGUUGUCUUGUGGGCAAAGAUUAGAGAAGCUGAUAAAGAGGAGAGUAGACUGAUCCCAGAUGAAGAGAAAGCUCUUCUUUUCUAGUAGGUUUUUGCUAGCUAUGUAUUAAAUGAAAUAAAUUUUAUAGAAAAAAAUUAUGUAAGGAUGUUUCAAUCAAUAUAUGAUAAAAUUGAGUUCUUAAAUGAUUGAACUUGAUUUGAGAUGAGUGUAACAUGAUAAUAUGUUCAUGCGUACGGGUUACAUCAACUCUCUUAGCAUAUUAUCUUGAUAAGAAAGGCUUCGCUAUAAGAAUGCAAUUCAUCUGUGAC